CCACAGAUAACAAGGCCCGGCCAUGCAGUCCUUUCGGGAAAGGUGUGGUUUCCAUGGCAACCAGCAGAACUACCAGCCGACUUCUUCGCAAGAUUCAUCACGCCUGGAGAAUUACAGGCAUCAAAGCCAGGCCGGGCCGCACUGCGAACGCCAGAGGCUGGUGGCGAAGGAGUACUACAGUCAGCCGCAGCCACAGCCGCCGCCGCCGCCGCCGCUGCCGCCGUACCCGGGCUACGCCGAGAACAGCGCCGUGGAGAAGUACCACGGCCGGGGGGGCAAGCCGCUGCGCGGGCCCCCGCUGCCCGGCCGGCCGGCCUCCUUCCCCAACUACGCCGUCCAGGAGAACAGCCCCUACCCGGCCCGCUACUCUGGGGAGGAGGGCCUGCAGGCCUGGGGGGCCGCCCAGCAGCAGCCCCCGCACCCCGUGCCGGGCGGGGUGGCCAAGUACGAGGAGGGCGUGCUGAAGAAGAGCGCGGCCCCCGCGGGGGCCAGGCCGUACCACGAGCAGGCCCCGCAGCUCCCCUUCCGGACGCACGCCCUGCACCUGCCGCCGCCGCAGCAGGCGCCCCAAGCGCCGCCGCCGCCGCCGCCCGCCCUGGCGUACCCCAAGCUGCCCAGGCCGAAGCUGCAGAAUGACGUGGCCUCGCCUCUCUCCUUCCCGCAGGGCGCCCACUUCGCCGAGCACGCCCAGGCCUUCCCGGCCCCCUCGACCUACUCGCCCGUCCCGAGCGGGAGCCAGGCCACCCACUCCUACAAGAGCUGCAACGCGCCCCCCGCCCCCGCGGCCCACGAGCGGACCCUCGGCAGCGCCGCCAGCCUGCCCUCCGCCCAGCGGGUCCAGAGCCUGCACGGCUACCAGCCGAACCGCCUCGCCUAUGACCACCAGCAGCCCCAGCCGCCGCAGCCGCCCUUGCAGGGCCGGCACCACACCCCGGAGGCCCUGCACUACCAGAACCUGGCCAAAUACCAACACUACAACCCGCCGGGGCAGAGCUACUGCCAGGGGGACACGCCGGUGCGGACCCCGGACCAGUACUACCAAGCCUUCAGCCCCGGCUCCGGCCACUCUCCGGCCCGCUCGGUCGGGAGAUCGCCUUCCUACAGCUCCACCCCGUCCCCGCUGAUGCCCAACCUGGAGAACUUCCAGUACAGCCAGCAGUCGCUGGGCGCGGGGGCCUUCCCGGCGAGCCUCUCCGACCACAGCCACUUCAUGCCCCUGCUGAACCCCUCGCCCACGGACGGGGCCAGCCCGGACACGCAGCCCGCCGGGAACUGCAAGAACCUGCCGAAGGAGAAGAUCCCCGAGAACCUCCUGUCGGACCUCAGCCUGCAGAGCCUCACGGCGCUCACCUCCCAGGUCGAGAGCAUCUCCAACACCGUCCAGCAGCUGCUGCUUUCCAAAUCCGCAGGGAUGUCCCAAAAGAAGGGCAUCAAAAACUCGCCGCGGACACCGGAGCAGCUCAAAGGCCAGUGCUGCAGCCCCGAAGGGAACAAUUACUCCGCGGAGCCGGCGGGGACGCCUCACUCGGACUCCCUCAGCACCCCGCAGUCCGUCCACGCCGAGCCCCAGGACGCGGAUUACCUGAGCGGACCCGAGGACCACCUGGAAAGGGGCUUCCUGUUCUGCAGCCAGAGCCGCAGCCCGGCGCGCAUCAACAGCAGCGCCAAGGCGAAGUCCGAGUCCAUCUCCACGUGCUCCGUGACGUCUCCGGAUGACAUGUCCACGAAGUCCGACGACUCCUUCCAAAGCAUCCACACCAGCCUGCCGCUGGACACCUUCACCAAAUUUGUGGCCAACGAGAGAGACUGCCCCCGGCUGCUGCUCAGUGCCCUUUCUCAGGAGGAGCUGGCGUCCGAAAUCAUCGGCUUGCAAGAUGCUAUCAGUGAAAAGACAGAAAAAACCUGGGCCAGUUCCCCUGCUCCGAACAAAGAACCGGACAAAUCCCCCUUCCACUUAGAGAAUCACAGGACCUGCUUAGAUUCCGCCGUCAAAAGUCCGUGGUCCAACCAGGGAGACUCCAAUGCCCUUCCCGAACCCCUGAAACUAGACAAAGCCUUGGGAGGCGGAAACGAUGGGAAGAAUUUCUCGGAGGAGGUUUAUGAAAACUCCCAGGUGGCCUUCACAGCCACCGAAACAAAGACUUCUCUCAAAACGACCAGCUCUGUAGGUUACAACUCCAAGCCCAACAUCCCCGCAGCCACGUCCAACUCGGAGGCCCCCGGCUUCAGCUGCUAUUCCAACGCCACGGCCAACUCCGUGGGGUCUGAAAGCGCUAUGGAGAAUUUUGACUGGCCAGACGAAAACCUCAGCGAUACGUGGAAAGAACUCGGCUCGAGCCUGCAAGGAUCAGACCUUUCCAAGAGUUUGUUCUCUGGCAAGCUGAGCGAGACCCCCGAAGAGAAGAAAACCGCCUGCUGUCUCAGCCUCUGCAAUGCCGAGGAGCCUGCUGAGCCAGGCCAAAUGGAGGGAUUCAGUCAGCAGCAGCCUCAGGCCGGCAAAGCGGAAGGCCUGAGCUACGAGGAGCCUGGCAGGGCCGACAGCACCCGCUGGCUCGAAGACGCCACCCGGAACUCCUGCUCAGGUGGGGACUUCAGCGAGCUUCCCAUGAUGUCCUCGCCGGACCUUAAGGAAUCCGACCUCGAACCAGAGGAGUAUUCGUCUUUGUGUGAACUGGCUGGUUCCGAGCAGAAGUCCCUGACCUACGAUGCGUUCACCCCGAAGCCAGCAGAGAACGCCCCGGCCCUUUCCCUCCAGAACACGCCAGGCUCUGCAGAAGAAACGGCAAACUUGGUUGAGAAAGAGAGCACGGCCCCUUCUUCCCAUUUAUCGGACCCGUCCGUCAUCCUCUUGGGUCCAACCGUUGGCACCGAGACGAAAGUGAACAGCUGGUUCGAAUCUUCCCUGCAUCACCUGAAGCCCGAGGAGGAGACAGCCGUAGGCGAGAGCAAGGUGGAGACCGCAGGUGCCUUGCUGGCAAAGAAGCACCUCUCGCCAGAAACCGUGCCGAUCAUAUCUGAGCCGACCUCCAGGGGCAAGAGUCUUCGUAGCAAGAAGGUCCACUGCAGGCUGUCGGGAGGAGAAGAGCUGAUCGAGCCCAUGUCGAGCCCGUGUACCGGCACCCAGGCAGCGGGCAUGGUGGCCAGCGUGUGCCCAGACGCCGGCAGCCUGAUAGACAUUCCGAGCAAGAACCCCCAUGCCCAGACGCCCCGGUUCCCAGCAGAGGGUCUGCCUGCCAGGAUGUGCACCCGGUCCUUCACGGCCCUGACGGAGCCCAAGAUGCCCGACCCUUUGGAAGGCGCAAAGGCCUCGACCCCUCAAGAGAAGCUGGGCAAGAAGGCGGCUUGUCUUCUGAAGCAGAGAGCGGCGUUCAGGGCCAGGAAAGCUAAUGGCAAGCCAGUGCCUCCCCUGGCCGCCCACCUGGUGCCGAGCGAAGACUCCACUGGCCAUAAGGUCAAGGAAGCCGAGGCCAUGGAAACGGAGGGGAAGGAUCAGCAGUCCAUGAUCCUGCGCUCCCGGACCCGGGCUCAGGAGGUCUUCUACUCAAAGAGGAGGAGGGAGAAGAGCGCGGUGGAGCCGGAGCUCAAUAGCACCAAAGCACCCAAGAAGGUCUUUCCAAACAGCCACUUGCCCAGUUCUUUCAAGAUCAGCCCGCAAAGCCGGUCCGAGAAAGAGAGCAAGCUGAGCAAGAGGGUGAGGCUCUCCAAAGCCCGGCCUGAAAUGGGCAGCAAGAUGCCCGAGCGGCCGCUUCACGCCCUGAAGAGGAAGUCCGUCUUCAUCCCUCCGGUUCCGGCGAAAAAGCGCAACCUGGUCCUCCGUAGCAGCUCCCAGGGCGGCUUCGCCGUGCCGGAGGAGAAGCCGGAAGCGUUGCCCGGCCCGUUCAAGAGGGUGCCACCGGCCAAGAAGGCCAAAGCGAAGCUGUGCCCCAAGAGCGCCUGCGAGGCGAUGCUCAAGCCCCCUCAGGCCAAGGAGAGCCCCGGCGGCGUCUGCAUCAAGGUCGCCUCCCGGGCCGCCUUCCAGGGGGCCAUGAAGACCAAAGUGCUGCCGCCGAGGAAGGGCCGGGGCCUGAAGCUGGAGGCCAUCGUGCAGAAGAUCGCCUCCCCAAAUCUGAAGAAGUUCGCCUGCAAGAGCGCCAUCCCCGCCGCCACCGCCGUGGCCGCCGCCGCCUCCCAGGGUAAUCCCCUCGGCCCUUCCCUGCCGGAGAGGGAGCAGGUCUCAAAGAGCGCGGCGGUCGCCCCAGCCACGGGGGAAGCCAGGCCAUUAAACCAGGCAGUGUCACAAAAGACUCCCCCGGCUCCGGCAGCCGAGCGAUUAUGCAGGAGCCCGAACAACCGAUCCUUCAGAGGAAAACUAAUGAACAGCAAGAAACUGUCCUCCAACUGUUUCAAGGGUGAGGCCUAUUCAUCUCCCGAGACGUUGCAGCUUGGCGGCGGCAUGGCUCUGAGCUGCUCCAGCGUGCUGCCCAAGAAGAGAAACCGAAAGGGGAAAGCGGCCGCCUUCCGCGUGGCCAAAAAUAGCCUGGAGAAGUGCCCCCACCUGAGCUCCGCGCUGCUCCUCGCCUCCCGGGAGAAGGCCGCGGCCGCGGCGGCAGGGAAAGUGGACGAGGGACAAAGGGAGGGGAAGAAGCCGAAGGCCGAAGACAAAGGCUCGGCUGGGGCGGAGAGCGCCGCGGGGAGACCCUCACCGGCCCAGACCCGGGCGCAGAAGCAGCGCGCCAACCACGCCAACUACAACGGCUACACGAAGAGACAAAGGAAGCACCUCUCCCGCCGGAAGGCCCCGAGCGUGCCUUCCCGCUGCAAGGACCGGGCCAAGCGGCGGCACCCGCAGCACACGCCGCUGCUGAGCCCCGCCGAGCCCGAGAUCCGGCUCAAGUACGUGUCAUGCAAGCGGCUGCGGACGGACAGCCGGGCGCCCCCGUUCUCCCCCUACGUGCGCGUGGAGAAGCGGGACGAGUUCGUCACCACCUGCACCAUCGUCAACUGCCCUGCCGAGGAGGCCAAGCUGCACGGCGACCAGGGCGCCCCGGCGGCGGCGGUGGCGGGCCAGGCCGGGCCACAGGGGGCAGCCGCGUUGCAGCCCCGGGCGGUCCUGCCCCUGUCAUCCACCAUGCACCUCGGCCCGGUGGUCUCCAAGACCCUCAACACCGCCUGCCUGGUCUGCUGCCUGUGCCGGAACCCCGCCAACUACAAGGACCAAGGCGACCUCUGUGGGCCGUACUACCCCGAGGACUGCCUGCCGAAGAAGAAGGCGCGGCUGAAAGAGAAGGUCAAGGUGGAGGGGCCGGGCGAGGAGCCCCGCUCGCCCUCCCCGGCGGACAGGCUGCUCAAAGCCGCCGACGACCCUUGUGCGCCCAGCGCGUUCGGGGGUGGGAAGCCGCCGAGGCCGGACGGCGGUGGCGGUGGCGGCAGUGCUGACCCGGCGAAACAGAGCGCGCUCCGCUCCAGCUCGAGGGGCAUGUUUAGGAAACUACAAAGCUGCUACUGCUGCGACGAGAGGACGGACGGCGAGGAAGCCGUGGCCGCCGAGAAGCCGCGCAGGCACGAGUGCGGCACGGCGGAGUCGCCCCCGCCGGACCCGGCCGCGGAGACGCAGGAGCACUGGCUGCACGAGGCCUGUGCCGUCUGGACCGAGGGGGUUUACCUGGUGGCGGGGAAGCUCUAUGGACUGCAGGAGGCCAUGAAACGGGCCGCUGACGUGAGGUGUUCCAGUUGCCAGCAAGCAGGGGCGACCGUUGGCUGCUGUUACAAGGGGUGUGCCCAAACCUUUCACUACACCUGUGCCAUUGAUACAGGAUGUUUGUUAACCGAAGAUACCUUCUUGCUGAACUGCCCCAGGCACAAGAAGCAGCCGUUAUAAUUCGCCGAGAGAGAAAGGAAGCCAUCGCCUCCGCAGAGUCACAACCUGAGAAGCGGUGCCGCAUCUUGGCAGACCCCUCGGGCGGGCCGCGGCUGCGAGCACGAUGGACUCCGUCUGGGAGAAGCAACGAGAAUGUAAUCCAGCCGCGUCGCCCUCUCCGCCCCUCCCGCGCCCCCCUUGCAAUAGUACUUCGACUGUGAACAGACCUGGCCGCACGCGGAAGUCUUUGGCCCAGCUCCACGCCGCCGGCUUGGGCUUCCUCUGCCGUCUCGCACGGAGCUGGCACUGAGGGACACGCCGCGCCGGCCCUCCUCCGGACCAGAAGCUGGGAACCCUGCGCACCCCACAGUGGGCCGACCCAGGACCGGGCUCCGGGCUCCGGCUACCACCAACGCCUUUCGAGUUCCCCCUAGAAGCCCUCCAGGUCGGCCCUGAAGCAAAACUCCAGUUCCGGCUUUUCUCCUCCUCGCUCCAUCCCUUCUCUGAACGCUACCCAGAGCCGCUUAGGAGAGGAACGCGAUUCCAUGUCCGGGUUUUGUUCCUCCCCAUUCCCUUCCUUCACCGAGGAGCUGUAACCAAUACUGAUAAGCUAACAUCUUCUACCUGGGACCUGGCCUGGCGCUGCGUAGGGUCUCCUUUCCUUUCCCGCGUUUCCCCAGAAGAGAAUCUUGAGGAUGCCCCGUUACUUUGGAACUGACCCCCCUGGACCCAGUCCCAAAGCACCGCUCCCGUUUCCAAGCGCCCUUCCUCUGCACCAGAGAGGAGGGCGCAGGGUCGAGGCCAGGCAGGCAGGGAGAAGUGCAGCCGUGUGCCACGGCUCCUGCCUGCAUCGUCUCCCUCGAAGCGCCGGACUCCGAGAGCUCUCCGAGCCCUCCGUCUUUUUUCUGAUCUGAUCUAUUUUUGCCUUCAGCAAACCUCAUGGUGCGUGUGUGUGUAUGUGUGUUUCUGUAUAUAUAUGUGAUCAGCGUGUAAAAAGAAGCACCCCAAUGUUUUUGGAAACAAUGCGCGUCGCUUGGG